AGUGGAGCAAGAUGGCGGCGCCCAGGCAAACAGCGUGAACGCUUUGCCGAGAGAGCCUUGUCCCGAGCUGGUUCUCUUCAGUAGCAGAAACGCGCAGCCUGUCGCCAUGUCGCGACUUAUCGUCAAGAAUCUGCCGAGCGGGAUGAAGGAGGAGCGAUUCCGGCAGCUUUUUGCAGCCUUCGGCACCCUGACCGACUGCAGCCUCAAAUUCACCAAGGAUGGCAAGUUCCGCAAGUUCGGCUUCAUUGGUUUCAAGAGUGAAGAGGAGGCGCAGAAUGCCCUGGACCACUUUCAUCGGAGCUUCAUUGACACUUCUCGGGUCACGGUGGAGUUCUGCAAGUCAUUUGGAGAUCCCUCUAAGCCCCGAGCCUGGAGCAAACACUCCCAAAAAGCCACCCAGCCAGGGACACCUGAAAAAAGUCCUGCGGUUUCUGAAAUUCAGAAGGAUAAAAAGAAAAAAAAGCUAACAGGAGAAUUGGAAAAGCUGAAGAAAGACGCCGAGUUCCAGGAAUUCCUGAUGGUUCAUCAGAAGCGGACCCAGGCGGCCACGUGGGCCAACGACACCGUGGGGGUGGAGCCCAAGAAAGGGAAGGUCAAGAAGGACGACGACUACCUGAACUUUGAUUCUGACUCGGGGCAAGAGAGCGAAGAGGACGGAGAGGAUGAAGACUCUGAAAAGGCGAGCUCUGGGGCCAAGGCCGCGGAGCAGAAGGAGCUUUCCGACAUGGACUACUUGAAAUCCAAGGCGGUGAGAGCGGAUUCCUCCGAGGAGGAGGAGAGUGAAGAUGAAGAAGCGUGUGAGGAGGAAGAGGAGCCUCUGACGCCGGGCUCUGGGCGCCCCGGGGACGGGGGGUCUGGCCCAGAAGAGGAGCGCGCCACGGCUCGGGGCAAGAGGCCCCCAGCAUCCAAGGGAGAGGUGACGAAGCCAGCCGCCCAGUCGGAGCCCACCACGGCUUACACAGUGAAGCUGCGCGGAGCGCCAUUUAAUGUCACGGAGCAAAAUGUCAGGGAAUUCCUGGUGCCCCUCAAGCCCGUGGCCAUCCGCAUUGUACGGAAUGCUCAUGGCAACAAGACAGGUUACGUCUUUGUGGACUUCAGCAGCGAAGGGGACGUGGAGAAAGCCCUGAAGCACAACAAGGAGUACAUGGGCGGCCGCUACAUCGAGGUGUUCCGGGAGAAGGGCCCCCGUGCGGGCCCCAAGCCCCAGGACAGGAAGGCGUGGCAGGGCCGGGAGCUCAAGGAGGGCGAGGAGGAGGAGGACCUGGCCGACUCGGGGAGGCUCUUUGUGCGAAACCUGCCCUACACCAGCACCGAAGAGGACCUGGAGAAGAUAUUUGCCAAAUACGGUCCGCUGUCCGAAAUCCACUAUCCCAUAGACGGUCUCACCAAGAAACCCAAGGGCUUUGCUUUCGUUACGUACAUGUUCCCCGAGCACGCAGUGAAGGCCUUCGCAGAAGUGGACGGGCAGGUCUUCCAGGGCCGCAUGCUCCACGUGCUCCCCUCCACCAUCAAGAAGGAGCCCAGCGAGAGCUCGGACGCAGCGCCGGCUUCCUACAAGAAGAAGAAGGCAUUGAAGGACAAAGCCAGCAGUUCCAGCUCUCACAACUGGAACACGCUGUUCAUGGGGACGAACGCCGUGGCCGACGCCGUCGCACACAAGUACAACGCCACCAAAAGCCAAGUGUUUGACCACGAAGUCAGAGGCAGCGUGGCCGUGCGGGUGGCCCUGGGGGAGACCGAGCUGGUGCAGGAGGUGCGGCGGUUCCUGACCGAGAACGGCGUGAGUCUGGACUCCUUCAGCCAGGCCGCUGCGGAGAGGAGCAAGUCUGUGAUUUUAGUGAAGAACCUCCCCGCGGGCACGCAGGCCUCCGAGCUGCGGGAGAUCUUCGGCCGCCACGGCAGCCUGGGCCGCCUGCUGCUGCCCGAGGGGGGCGUCACGGCCAUCGUGGAGUACCUGGAGCCCCUGGAAGCCAGGAGGGCCUUCACCAGCCUCGCCUACUCCAAGUUCCACGAUGUUCCCUUGUAUCUGGAAUGGGCGCCGAUGGGUGUCUUCUCCAGCCCCGCCCCCCCGAAGAAAGAGCAAGAUCAGUCUGGAGGACGAGAGGCUGCUCAGACCGAGGCUGGGCCCGAUGGCGAAGCUGCAGAAAGCACACCGGCAGCCCCGGAAGAACCGAAUGCCCCUGCUGAGGAAGAGGAUGAUGAAGAGGAGGAAGAGGAGAGUCUUCCUGGUUGUACUUUGUUCAUCAAAAAUCUCAAUUUCUCCACAACGGAGGAGAUGCUGAAAGAAGUUUUCUCCAGAGUCGGGACAGUGAAGAGCUGCACUGUUUCCAAGAAAAAGAACAGAGCGGGCGUUUUACUCUCCAUGGGCUUUGGCUUUGUGGAGUACAGGAAGCCAGAGCAGGCGCAGAAAGCCCUCAAGCAGCUGCAGGGCUCCGUGGUGGACGGCCACAAGCUGGAAGUGAAGAUCUCCGAGAGGGCCAUCAAGCCGGCGGUGACGUCGGCUCGGCAGAGACAGACGGCCCUCAAGCAGACGACCUCGAAGAUCUUAGUGCGGAACAUCCCCUUCCAGGCCAACAAGCGGGAGAUCCAGGAGCUCUUCAGCACCUUCGGGGAGCUGAAGACGGUCCGUUUGCCAAAGAAGAUGACGGGAACGGGCCCCCACCGAGGCUUUGGCUUUGUGGACUUCCUAACCAAGCAGGAUGCCAAGAGAGCUUUCAAUGCCCUGUGCCACAGUACCCAUUUAUACGGCAGAAGACUAGUCCUAGAAUGGGCAGACACAGAAGAGACAGUCCAGGCCUUGAGACGGAAGACAGCUCAGCAUUUUCAUGAUUCCCCAAAGAAAAGGCGGUCUGUGGUGUUGGACGAAAUCCUGGAGCAGCUGGAGGAGGGCGAGAACGAGGACGGCGACUAGCAGAUACUUCAGCUGCUCUCUGGCGGAGAGAGGUACACAGCUGGCCCUUCUCAGCAAGGCUCUGGAGAGCUGGCUGCUUCCUGUCUUCCAGCCCUGGCUUGUUGGAAAUAAAGAGGAGGACCCGCUCACCUGUUACCAUCCAAAUGCAGCCCGUUCUGGUCUCCAAAUCAGAGCCCAACAAAUACAGACACAGAUGUGGAAGACCAGGUUUUCUCCUCGCCACCCCACCCCUCACAUGUGGAAACCAGUUCUACAGAGGGGGAUUUAUUCCUGUCCAAAAAAAAAAAAAAAAGUCUAUUAGCAAGAAGUGCUAGAUGGGAUCUUCAAAUUCACAUUUGGGGGAUGUGGCCCUUUAAGCCAGGACAUUAGCUCUAUUCACUGAACAGCAAGUCUCAAGCCCUGAAGGAUUCUCUCUCAUUUAAAAAAAAUAAGCAAAUCAAGUAUAGCGGAAGAGAGUGCUGAAUUUGCAUUUAGGAAGACUGGGACCCCAACCCCACCCCUGACACUAGCUUUGUGAUAUGGGCAAGUGCUCAGAGAUCCGUUUCCUCAUCCAUAAGAUGGGACUAGAAACAAUGUCCAUCUCACAGAGUUGUUGUGAGGAUCAAACAGGAGAAUAUGUGUAAAGAUGUUUUUGUAAAUUUUUUAAAAGUGCUAACUAAAUUUUUAUUUUUGUUAUCAUUAAAUGUCAAGUGAAUUUUC